AUGUCUCAUUUGCAGUACUUCGACUACCAAGGCUUUGGCGAACGCUCCAAGAGGGAGCUCAACUACAGUCAGGCCGUUCGCAUCGACAAUCGCAUCGAAAUCUCUGGUCAAGGUGGCUGGGAUCGCCUCACUGAGGAUUACCCAGAGUCAAUCUCCGACGAGGUCGACCAUGCUUUCGACAACGUGGAGCACGCUCUCCAACAGGCUGGCGGUAAGGGUUUGGAACAGGUCUACAAGCUACGCAUCUACAUUACGGUGCCACUUGAUGAGAUUGUGGAACCCAUCGUUCGGAAUUUAAAAGAGCGAUUCAAGGCUCAUGGCCCGCUUCUGACGGUUGUACAAGUGGCUGCGUUGUACAAGAUCAUGAGGAUUGAAAUCGAGGCUGAGGCACACUUGGGCUAG